AUGACUUCAGAACCCCCAGCUUUGCUUGUAGACAAAGAUGGCAGAAUCAAGCCCGCCGCGCGCGCCGUUGCAGCUGCAUCCCUCAAAGUGUCCCAGGGUGAGGAGGUUCCAGAAUACGAAGACUUAGCCACCAAGUAUAACUUGCUUGCACGCCGAGAAGCCAAGCGAAGAUCACCGACAGCAGCUGGCUCUGCUUCAGCUGCUGGUGCUGCCGUGAGCACGGAUGCUCUGGCGGAGCUUAUGCGCCGGCAAAAUGAGAUCCUCCUGGAUAUACGAGCUGAGCUGAGCGCAUUGCGCGAGAAGACUGGCGCGGGGACGCCGCCAGUGGAAGACUCGGAUACUUAUGACGACGACUAUGGCUUUGACCUAGCAGUAAAUUGA